AUGGCAGCAGGCAAGACAUUCAACGUUGGAAUCAUUGGAUAUGGACUAUCCGCCAAGGUUUUCCACAUCCCUUUCAUCAACCUCACACCUCAGUUCAAGUUGCACAGCAUCGUCCAACGGAAGCCCACAGCCUCCUCCUCAGCACCAAAUGACUACCCUGAGCUGAAGCACCACACCUCCCUGGAGCCCAUGCUCCAGGACCCUGAUGUUGACAUCAUCAACAUCCUCACACCACCCAACACUCACUUCAGCUUCUCCAAGCAGGCUCUGCAGGCCGGCAAGCACGUUCUGGUCGAGAAGCCCUUCGUGCCCACCAUCGAGGAGGCCGAGGAACUCAUUCAGAUCGCUAGGGAGAAUGAACGCCUCAUCUGCGUCUAUCAGAACCGUCGCUGGGACAGUGACUUCCUCACGGUCAAGAAGAUGAUUGCCGAUGGCGUCUUUGGCCGUGUCUACGAGUUCGACACCCACUUUGACCGCUUCCGCGCCGACCGCCCUACGUCAUGGAAGGGUGAGCUGACCAUGGCCGAGGGAGGCGGCGCCCUGUUCGACCUGGGAUCCCACCUCAUUGACCAGGCCUACAACCUCUUUGGCAUGCCAGAGACCGUCUACGGCAAGCUCGUCAGCCAACGCGACGGCAAGUUCGACCCCGAAGACCCCGACAGCGUGCACGCGCAGCUCUGCUACCAAGACGGCCUCAUCGUCAGCAUACGCAUCGGCGUCAUGAGCGUCGAGACAAGCCAGCCUCGCUUCUGGGUGCGCGGCACCAAGGCCAGCUACCACAAGACCUGCCUCGAUCCGCAGGAGGACCAGUUGAAGGCCGGCGCGAAGCCCACCGAUCCUGGUUUCGGUGUCGAAGACCCCAUGAACGGCGGGAGGUUGCUGCUGGUCAAGGAGGGCGGCCAGGUCGAGGAGCGCAUGAAGCCGACGCACAAGCCGGAGACGUACCUCAAGCUCUUCGAGGGUUUCGCCAAGGCUGUUGAGACUGGAAGGGAGGAGUACGUUCCUGUGCCGGCGAGAGAGGCGCGGGAUGUCCUGCGUAUCAUCCACGCUGUCAAGGAGAGCGCAAAGUCGGGACGCGAGGUUCGGUUCUAA